AACAGUCGCAAUUGCUGUUCAAUGCAAAUAAAGUCUGUUGGGAAGGUAUGGGGGUGAUACAGUUGUUUUGUCAACAAGAAUCAACUACUUUACAGUGAAGGAACUAAAGUUGGAAAGAAUGCGCAAGACCCGGCAACGCCGGUUGGAGCGUGUAGUAGACAAUCGCCAAACAAACAUUGCAUUGGUGUACUGUCGAUGUCGGAGUUUUGUGCUUUAAGAGGCAUCUUAUACGAGCGAUUUUGUGUUUAUUUUUAAAGUUACGUCUUUCGUAAACAAAAACCCCAUGUGGUUGGACAUUGACUAUAUUAAUAUUUUUCCCCUGUGAUGUUUGUGCAAUGAUUAUUACUUAAGGACUAGCCUAGGAAUGAAACGUAUGUUUUGAUACACAUCUUAAUACUUUGAAGGCCUGAAUGAAGGGCCGUAAAAGCAACCAUCGUACAUCAGGGCCCCGGCGACAGAAAGGGCGGCUCUGAUGACGAGUUUUCUCCCAGCCAUGAGGCUGGCCCUUAAAUGGGGCUAUGCCCCACCGUUUCUGACGCUAUGCGUCUGUAUCUUCUUUUUCUUGCCUAUUUUUUCUGGGGCUAAUGCACAUGCUGAACUUUGGAGGCCAAUGCGCGAAAGGGGAAUUUGCAAAAGUAUGGAUAUUCGAAACAGUUUGGAAAACUUCAAAGAUCUGGAAGGUUGCCAGGUAAUCGAAGGCAAUUUGCAGAUCCUGUUAUUUGAUAAUGUUAACGAGACGCAACUUGCCAUGAUUAGUUUUCCCGAAUUAAUUGAGAUCACUGACUAUUUGCUGCUGUUUCGUGUAAGUGGUCUUCGAAGUGUUGGUCAGUUAUUUCCCAACUUAGCUGUGAUCCGUGGCCAGCAACUUUUUUCUACCGGUAAGGCACUAGUCAUCUACGAAAUGCCUUCCCUGCAAGAAAUUGGUCUUUACUCGCUGACUAAAAUAAUGAGAGGCAUGGUACUUGUUGACUCCAAUCCGUCACUUUGUUUUGUGCAUAGUAUUGACUGGUCUAAAAUCGUAACAAUUGAUGAGUCGGAUACAAGUCAGCAAACGGCUUACUUGAAAAGCUUUAAGCCUGAAAACGAGUGCCCAGUCUGUCCUGCUUCAGUAAACGGAAUACCUUGCCCGAGAAGCGAGAAAAACAAUAAUAGGUUCCUUUGCUGGAAUACUGAACACUGCCAGAAAGUAUGUCCAGGUUGUGGAAAAAAUGCUUGCAAUGCUGACGGGCAAUGUUGUGACGAGCAUUGCGUGGGGGGCUGUGAUAAAAAUAUCACCAAAUGUCUAGCUUGUAAAGAUUAUGUUUUAAAUACUCAGGAUGGAGAUUCUUGUGUUCAAAAUUGUCCUAGGUCUCCAAAUAUUUUAACUUUUCUAGAAAGGAGAUGCGUGACACACAGCGAAUGUAUUAAGAUGGUACGACCCAUUGACUUCGAAGAUAUUGAUCCGGAUACUAGUGCACCAGUGGAGUAUCCUUACAAAGAACAUAACGGUUCAUGUGUUUUAUAUUGUCCCCCAAACUAUUCUGGAAACUACACUGAACAUUCUUGCAAGAAAUGUAAUGAAACCUGCCGGAAAGAAUGCCCAGGUGGAAAAAUUGAUAGUAUUAAUCUUGCAGCGGAGUUACGAGGUUGCACUCACAUAACUGGUUCAAUUGAAAUUCAAAUAAGAGGCGGACAUGAAGUAGUGAGGGUUUUGGAAGAAAACUUAGGAAUGAUCGAAGAGAUUGACGAUUACCUAAAAGUAGUGCGGUCUUUUUCUUUGGUCAGCUUAAACUUUCUUAAAAAUUUGAAGAGAAUCAAAGGAAAAAAACUAGAAUCAAAUAGCUAUAGCCUUAUUGUUCUUGAUAAUCAGAAUCUUCAAGAGCUCUUUGAUUGGAAUACUCAUAAAACCUUUAAGAUAGACAACGGAAAAUUAUUUUUUCAUUUCAACCCAAAGCUUUGUAUUGAAAAAAUCGAAGAACUUCGGUUAAAAGCUAACCUUCCGCCAUACAAAGAAAUGGAAGUUGCCAGUAAUUCAAAUGGUGAUAAAGUAGCUUGUAACGUAGAAAUACUUAAAGUAAAUAUAACCCAAAUCACAAGCAAAUCCGCUAGACUGGAAUGGAAACCAUUUGAAUUAGAUGAUGCAAGGAAACUUUUAAGUUACAUGGUAUAUAGUAUUGAAGCCCCACAACGUAAUGUAAGUUUCUAUGAUGGAAGAGAUGCUUGCGGACAAGACAACUGGCAUGUCGAGGACGUUGCUAACAACAUUGACGUGGAUCCCGUAGUUUUAGUAUUAAAAAACUUAAAACCUUUUACGCAAUACGCUUUCUUUGUUAAAACAUACACCAUUGCUACCGAAAAAAAUGGCGCUCAAAGUGAGAUCACCUAUUUCAAAACAAAAUCUUCCACACCAUCACAUCCAUCCAGUAUUCAUGUAAGCAAGGUGUUAAGUAAUAGUUUCGUAAUUUCAUGGACACCUCCUACUGCUAAAAACGGUAUUAUCUCUUAUUAUUUUGUAACUGGUGAGAAAAGUGAAACUAAUGAUAGACCUGAUAGAAACUAUUGUAUCAAUACUAUAAUUCCUGAGAGUACCAAAAGACCGGUCACGGAAAAGCCUAAAACACCCAUCCUUAAAUGUGAAGAUAAAAAAUUUACCAAAAAAGAUAUGCAAGAAGAGGAAGGAAGGAUAGAAUUUGAAGAUGCUCUUCAUAACAAAGUGUAUGUUAGACGAUUAGAUAAUGGAAGUCAAAAAAACAGAAUUCGGAGAGAAAUUACCAGACUGGUAGAUAAUACCACCAUGAACUCCUCUUUGACUUUUUAUACUACGACAGUUCCAAACUAUUUAAAUGGGGAAGAUACAGGCUUAAAUAGCUUUAGGAAAAUGGUUGAAGAAAAUAAAACUGAAGCUGACGGUAAAACGUGGCAUUCAUUCGCGUUUUUUGUUAAAGUUCCAUCCCAAUCAAUAGAGGUAAAAAAUUUACGACAUUUUACCCAAUAUAAAGUACAAGUAAGGGCUUGCAGCGAGAUAGAUGACGGAGAUGUUCCAUACACAGCGUGCAGUGAACCCAAUGAAGCUACUCCACAGACACUUGAGAAAAAGGGAGCAGAUAAUAUUUACAAUGUAUCCAUAUUGAAUACUACGUCUGAUAGCGUGACUGUACACUGGCUUCAACCACCAGAUCCUAAUAGGCUUAUUGUCAGCGUUACAAUUUGGUACAGAAAGGAAGGUUCUCAAAAUUCAAAAUACAUUGGGGAAUGUAUCUCUUAUAAGGACUUUAAAAAUUAUACUAAAGACAAUAAAAAUAUGGUGUAUACCAUCCCAAAUCUCUUUUCUGGAAAUUAUAGCUUGUACUUGAAGGCAUCAUCCCUUUAUGGAGUUGGAGAACCGUCUCCGACUUUAGUAUUCGACAUACCAGAAAGUGGCCAAAAUAUUGUUCUGGUUAUUUGUUUAAGCCUAUUUAUGGUGUUUACGUCAAUAAUUGGAUGUUCAUGGGUUUUCUAUAGAAAGAUUAUGCGUGAACGCUACCUAAUGCGCCUAAUUCCAGCGGUGAAUCCCGAUUAUCUACCAAGUGUCUACGUUGUCGACGAAUGGGAGGUACCCAAUAAAAAUGUCGAACUGAUCAAAGAGUUAGGCCAGGGUAGUUUUGGUAUGGUCUGGGAGGGGUUCGCACACGACUUAAAAGAUAUGCCAGGAGUCGUCAAAUGUGCUAUUAAGACCGCUAAUGAACAUUCAACGAGUAGAGAACGCAUUGAUUUUCUCAACGAGGCCUCUGUAAUGAAGGCGUUUAAUACAACUCAUGUGGUCAAGCUACUAGGCGUAGUUUCUCAACAUCAGCCUGCCUUGGUGAUCAUGGAGUUAAUGGUCAAUGGAGACCUUAAGACUUAUCUCAGAAAGCAUCGACCAGAAGAUGUUGGAGAUCGGGCACCUACUUUAAAACAAAUCCUCCGAAUGGCCGUGGAGAUCGCGGAUGGAAUGGCUUACUUGGAAGGAAAGAAAUUCGUUCACAGAGAUCUGGCUGCGCGUAAUUGUAUGGUAGCAGAAGACUUAACUGUCAAAAUAGGAGAUUUCGGAAUGACCAGAGAUAUUUAUGAGACUGAUUAUUAUCGUAAAGGAUCCAGGGGACUUUUGCCCGUCAGGUGGAUGUCCCCAGAAAGCCUCAAAGAUGGCGUCUUCUCCAGUAGUAGCGACGCAUGGAGCUACGGAGUCGUUUUGUGGGAAAUGGCGACUCUAGCCUCCCAACCGUACCAGGGACUCUCCAACGAACAAGUCUUAAGGUACAUCAUGGAGGGUGGUUUGAUGGAAAGGCCGGAGAACUGUCCGGAUAAGCUCUACGAGGUCAUGAGACUUUGUUGGGACUUAAAGCCUAAUAGGCGGCCUACAUUUAUGAUGCUAGUCGAGUUGCUCCUUCCAGAGCUCCUCAAUGACUCAUACGAACAUUUUUGUACCGUAUCGUUUUACCAUAGUGAGGAGGGCGCUGAAACAAGGGCCAUAAGGGCUGCAGCCGCCGCUCAGUUAUCGGCUAUGGGAGAUGGGAAUAAAAUUGUUAAGAACAGUACGUCCUUUCCAGCGGCCGAGGCAGACGAUGUGGAUGCGUCAACACCGUUAAACGCACUGCCGUCGGGCAUGCGCAUCCCGAACACUUACGCAAUGUCUGCCUCCGAUGGUUCGGAGGGCGUUCAAAGUGUUCGUUUGUAUCCUAACCCCAGAUUUUUCAGUAUAUCGGAGGAUCGACCCACCGUAAACGGCUACGUAAAUAAUACUAGGACACUCAUGAAAAAUGGGAAAGCACAAUCUCAACGAUAAAAGGUUGUAUAGCCCAUAACUUGAUAUGCCUGUCUAUGUUGUGGUCAAACCAUAUAAUAUGUUUUAUACCCGCGCUGGUCCUUAGUAACGAACCUCUCGGGCUUCGUUCUUCCAUGGUGUUGAUGUUUGUUAUUCGAUGGAUAUUUAUACAUAUUAUAUUUAAUAGUAUUAAACGUUGGUGUUUGUCAUUGUGUGGGCAGUAUUUAAUUGUCUUCCCGAUGGAACAAAAUCCAAUUCAAUUAUAAUAAGUUUCUUACUUAUUUUAAGACUUAAUUAAACCUGCAAUCGAAAGCAAGGGUGAUUGGAUGUUUGUCUUUUUUAUUCAGUAAAUUCUCUAUGAAAUUAUAUAUAGUUGGGUAUAGAAGUACCUUAAAGUAAAAUAUUUUACAUUUAAAAUUGUAUAUUAAGGAUAGAUAUGUCAAAUAAUAUUUUUUUACUGCAUAGCCCGAUAAUUUAAAGCAGAAUUAUAGUCGUUUUUGUUAUAGAAGUGGACAUGUUAUAUAUUCUUACCAAAUUUGUCAACAGAUUUAUCUCUAUCUGAUGAUGUAUAUUGCCGUCCAUUUUUAUAGCACACUAAUUUUACAGCGUUCCUCGUUCAUGGUAGUCAAGUUUUAAAUUAAAGCAUUAUUUUAAACUAAACAUUGAAGCAUAACAGAUUUUUUAUAUCAACUCUCAGAAAACAAGCGAAUUAAAAUAAGGAUUGUGAAUAUCUUAAGUAUUGGUGAUUUUUCAUUGCAACUCUUAUUAAAAAUUCAGACGAUAAACAAAGCAAGUGUCGGUUUUAAGACCAGCAACCCGAGCCACGCCCCGCGGCCUUUUUCAUUAAAGUUGCAUUGCAGAACAAAACUUAUAUUGAUCCAUCAUGAAAAAUUAAUUGUUGAUCGUUUUGCGAUAAGGUUAUAAUAAUAGGUUGCUGAAGCAAGGACUAAUUUCGAGAGCUUUGAUUGAUUUCGAUAGACAAAAGUGUAUAUUUAGCAAAUUUUUUCCCACGGGGUUUAGAAUUCUGUAUUUAUAGCAACAGAUAAUACUUAUUGUUGAAAAAAGUGACUCUCAUUUAAGUCUAUCAAAAUGUAAUUUUCUAGCUCUAACUUCAAUCAAACUUCUUAAACUUUGCGUUAUUAUGGAAAAAAUCAAAUUAAUUAAUAAAUUUAGACUUCUCUUAUAUAUAGGAAUUAUAGUUAUAUAUUCAUAACGUUCGCAAUAUUUAUCCUAUUAUUUUACAUUCAUGUGCAGGGCUUUUUAAUGUUCUGAAGUCAGGCGAGAUAUAAGCCAUUUUUUUCUGUCAAAGAAAAUAUUUUACUAGACCAAUUUUCACUCCAAAAACAUAUUAAUUUUUUAGCCUUACCAAAAUUCUAUGACUACUAUUAAUGAGAUUAAAUUUAAAUUUUUUUUCUUCAUCCGUGCAUGCUCUUUAAAAUUUUGUUUUAUCAUAUUUUAAUUUUGCACCCAACUUAAUCAAUAAAUGGAGUUUCUGCGGAGUUGUUGAUAUAAAAAAAAACUUCAAAUCUUAGUUUUACGAUUAUUUUAAUUUUAAGUCCAUUAACUUCAUUGUAAAUAGUUUUCUGUUAAUUCCAGUGCACCUAUGGCUACCGACCAUAAAAUCUAUGUUUUUAUCUGUAUUUUGCUCACUAAUGUUUGUAUUACAUUUAUGUAGUUUAGGUAAUUUAAUGGGCUGAUAGUUGUAUAUUUUAAUUAGUAAUUCUAUUUUACUCAAGGCUACAAGUUCUUUAACCAUAUGUGUACUGGGAAACAAUUAAAGUGAGAUUAAGCGACCCUUCAGAAGUGCUUAUCGGAUGUACGGUUUCCGUGAGGCCUAUGCAAUCAAACCUAAUAUAGCAUUGUGUUUGUUAAUCUUGAUUUUUUAUUGGUUGCAGCUGUAGGGAACGCUGUAAAAAAUAUUUAUUACGCAUACAUCCCUUUGCGGUGGUAAAUUAAUGUUAUCAAUGCAAAUGGAUGUUUCAACAUAGAUCCAGAUGGAGUCUGUAAAACCCCUCACAUAACAUAUAGUAAAAUAUAACAGUUCCUUAGUUUAGGCAAGUAUUGGUGCGAAUAUAAACCCUAGAUGUUUAUUAAUGCAAUAUUUUUUCUUAUGCAGUCGAAAUAUCAAUCUCAGGAAAAUACUCGAAAUUCAAGUUCCAAACCGAAUAUUAAAACAGUUUUUUACACAUGACAAUUUCAUUGUUAAAUAGGUCUAGUUUUAAGCACAUUUUUGUUUUUACCAAAGAUAUAUUUUGUUUAUAUAUCUUAACCUUAUCCUGCAUAUAACUUAUUUAGUGUCCAAAAAUACAGUAUUUAUUACAGAAUCUAGUAAAUUCCGAAAUGUUUUAAUAUAUUUGGUUCGUUUUGAACAUGCUUAACUCUCUUAAUAAAUAAUAUAUCUUGGUGACUGUUAGUUUAAGAUGGCUACCAUAUAGAAGAUACGCAAUUCUCGACGCUUAAAAAUAUCUCAGUUAUAUGCUAACCAAAGUUUGAUACUGGGUCUAAUUUCUAAGUUUCUUAAUUUUCAAAUACUUCAUAUUAUAGUUCUUUCACACUUUUGGUGCAACUCACAUUUCAACGAUUUUGGUGUACUUAGUAUUUAGUGUACGACGCAUAAUUGGGAGUUAUAUUUUUUUUGUAUGAAAGUAAAAA